CACGAGUUGGCAUGCCGCUACUGCUGUCCUCUCCCCCCUCCCAACCCCGUGAGGCCACGAACGCAGAGGCCAUGGCCAAGAUAUAUAUAUAAUCACUAGGACUAGCUGAGAGCUUCGCUUCUUCAGAGCUCAGGAGAACCCACGGGGCCGCGGGGACGGAGAGAGACACUAGCGCCUGUGCAAGCAAGCAAGCAAGCAAAGCGAGCGAGGUUUGCACAGCGAUGGCGUGUGGGUCGCGAAGUCGUCGAACCAGCGAGACGGUCGACGAGUACGAGAAGCUGGUUCUCAGAAUGAACCCUCCAAGGGUCACCGUGGACAACGACUCCGACAUGACUGCCACCUUGGUGAAGGUGGACAGCGCCAACAAGUACGGGACCUUGCUGGAGGUGGUGCAGGUGCUGACCGACCUCAAGCUGACCAUCAACCGGGCCUACAUUUCCUCCGACGGCGAGUGGUUCAUGGACGUGUUCCAUGUCGUGGAUCAGGAUGGGAAUAAACUUUACGACGGCCAAGUCAUCGACAGAAUUGAGCAGUCUCUGGGAGCGGGGUCGCUCAGCUUCCGGGGCCCGCCGGAGCGGCUGGUGGCCGUGGAGGCGGAGGCGGAGGAGGCGCAGACCACCAUCGAGCUGGUGGGCAGGGACCGGCCGGGCCUGCUGUCGGAGGUGUUCGCGGUGCUGGCCGACCUCAGGUGCAACGUGGUGGCGUCGGAGGUUUGGACGCACGACGGCCGCGUGGCGGCGCUGGUGCACGUGACGGACGCCGACACCCUCGGCGCCAUCGACGACCCGGCGCGUCUGGACACGGUCAAGCGCUUGCUCCGCCACGUCCUGCGCGGGAGCAGCCGCGACAAGAAGGCCGCCCGCGCCGCCGUAUCGUCGGCGCGCGUGGAGCACGCGCCGCGCCGCCUGCACCAGAUGAUGCAGGCUGACCGGAGCGCCCGCCGCGAGGGCGGGGGCGACGGCGACGGCGAGGAGGAGCGCGAGCGCGGCGAGGCGUCGGGCAACGGCAACGGCGUGCCGGUGGUCGCGGUGGAGGACUGCGCCGAGCGCGGGUACACGCUCGUCAACGUGCGGUGCCGCGACCGGCCCAAGCUGCUGUUCGACACGGUGUGCACGCUCACCGACAUGCAGUACGUGGUCUUCCACGGCACCGUUAUCGCCGAGGGCUCCGAGGCGUACCAGGAGUACUACAUCCGGCACCUCGACGACAGCUCCGGCGAGGACCGCGACCGCCUCUGCCGCGGCCUCGAAGCCGCCAUCCAACGCCGAUGCACCGAGGGGCUUCGGCUGGAGCUGUGCUGCGAGGACCGCGUGGGGCUGCUGUCCGACGUGACGCGCAUCUUCCGGGAGCACGGGCUGUCGGUGACGCACGCGGAGGUGGAGACGCGCGGGGCGCGAGCGGCCAACGUGUUCUACGUGGUGGACGCGUCGGGGGAGCCCGUGCAGGCGCAGGCGGCCGUGGACGCCGUGCGCGCCGAGAUUGGCGAGCAGGUGCUCCUCCUCGUCAGGGAGCAGCAGCAGGACGCCGCCGGCGGGCCGAAGUCGCCGGCGGGUGCCGGCGGCAGGCGCUCGCUCGGCAACAUGAUCCGGUCCCGCUCCGAGAAGUUCCUCUACAACCUAGGGCUCAUCAGGUCCUGCUCGUAGCCGCCGCGCCGCCGGCCGUGCUAUGCCACGUACUAGCUAUAAAUUAAGCUAGCAUUGGCAUCUGCUAGAGAGGGGGAAAAAAGGUCUUUUAAUUUGGCUCCCAUCAACGCCCCGUUGAUCGAUCCAUGCUCGAAGCUCAUGGACGAACCUGUGCAGGCAGUUAGGCAGGAGGAACCUUGUUGAUCGAAAUCAGAUGUCCUGCUAGCUGUGUAAAUAUUCUGCUCUUCGAAUCGUCUCGCUCGCUCCUUUUGCCCUGACUUCUCUCAUC